GCGCUGGCGUCGUCGUCACUACCGGUGUGUCUGGCGGCGACCGGUUCGGUUGCGGUGGUGGCGGUGACAGGCUCGGACCCGAUCUGCGCGCCCAACUCUCGGAGCACCUGCGGAUCCAGCUAUAGCGUGGAACAGCAACAGCAGCACCAGCCCUACCAAGCACCCUAGAUGUGGAGAUGAGCCAUGGGCAGGCGAGUGGUGCCGACUACGACUACCUUAUCAAGUUCCUGGCGCUGGGCGACUCCGGCGUGGGCAAGACUAGCUUCCUCUACCAGUAUACCAACUCGACCUUCAAUAGCAAGUUCAUCUCCACCGUGGGCAUCGACUUCCGCGAGAAGAGAAUCACGUACCGUUCUCCCGAGGGCGGCGGCCGCAGCCAGCGCAUCUACCUGCAGCUGUGGGACACGGCGGGCCAGGAGAAGUUCCGCAGCCUGACCACGGCCUUCUUUCGAGAUGCCAUGGGCUUCCUCGUGCUCUUCGACCUCACUAGCGAACAGUCCUUUCUCAGCAUCCGUUCGUGGCUCGAGCAGUUGCGCACGCACGCGUACUGCGAGAACCCGGAUGUGGUGCUCUGCGGAAACAAGGCGGACCUGGAGGAAGGACGCGCCGUGACCGAGGAGCGGGCGAGGGCCGAGGCCGCCAAGCAUGGCUUCCCUUACUUCGAGACGAGCGCGGCCACGGGCCACAACGUGGGACGCGCCGUGGACGCGCUGCUCGAGCUGGUCAUGCGCCGCAUACAGCAGACCGUGGACCGCGGCGGAGGGGGCCAGGCGUUGCCGCACCAUGCGGGCCCAAGGUCUCCGCUCAGUGACGGAGACCCGCUACGGAGGGCCCCCGGCGAGGACCCGCUGCCGCCCACCCACAAUGGCUGCACCUGCUAGUGUUAGGCUGCACGGGACGAUGCCCAGAGACAAGAGGCCAUCCCCUCCUCCUGCCGCCAAGCCCCAAAAACCCUUCUGGUGUCCGGCAGCGUCGAUACCACCCGAACCCCACCUGGAGGAGGCGCCUUCCUCCUCCCCGCGUCGCAUCUCUCUCCAGCUCGUGCAAUUUGUGUCUGGCGAAAUCCCGAGAGACUCUCACAGUUCGCCGGUGUGGUUGGCUGUGCGCCGCGCAGCGUUAUGGUUUAUACUGGCCAAUUGCAGGGAGUGUCGAGCUUUCUGGACCAAGCUUUACCGGUGUUUUUAUUUGUUACGAGAAAAGGGCCGUGGUCUUCUAGUCCUCCCCUCCCCCCACCCCACCUUUUUUUUUUUUUCUUGUCGCAUGUUCUUUCCACUCGUUUACCUUGCUUGAGUGAAUAUGUAUUUGUUUCUUUAACCUGGUAAGGACAGCUUACCAGAUAUGUCUGAUAUUAGAGCCGGCGUCCCUUCCAACUCGUUGCAAAGAAAGAUCUAAACAUUCUCGUGCAUUCACGAAGGCAAGACAAGAAGCUGUGCUUUUUUUUUUUUUCUUUCCACACCGUGAAAUCAUGGCGCGAGGUUCAAAGAUGGGACCACGCGGUGUUGUUUUAACUUUUUAAACUAGUUUUGUUGACAAUAUCCCAACUUCUGUGACAUUUCGGCCACCGAUAGCCUGCUAAAUGUGGUGCACCACCUCGUGCAGCAAGAGUUAUCGCUGUCGUUUGAGCUGACUGUUGAAUCGAGCACGUGUUCAUAUGUGUACUAUUGGUUGGUCAGCACACUGCCUAGACAUGUUUCUGCGUUAAGUUGGUCUGCGGGAGGCGACGCAGGUGUUGCGUGUUGCAGCUUUGUAGCUGAUACCGAGGCGUAUUCUCUCUUUUUAUUUCUUUUUUUUUUUCCUGAAUGCACCCAUAUACAGGCGCAAGGAUUCAUAGAGUAAAAACGCAAGGAAGUUAACCGCACUACGAGACAGAUGGUCUGGAAUUGACACGUUCAGUGGAUUAAGCGUUUGGCGCUGCGACGGAUUUGCCAACUGUGGAAACAGAAUUCUAAGUCCUCUAAGCUAAUGGUCAAACUGCAAUGAUAUACUGCAGCAGUGUCUGAGAAACCAAUUCGACUGACUACCCACGUGCCAUCCGUCUUGAAUUUUACUUGCACUCCCUUCUUAAACAGCCAUUAGCUGUGGUGUCAAGUGACCUUCAUUCACCAACUGCGACGUCUCCCAUUAGCCUAGGGUGGCAUAUGCUUGAAGAGACCAUACACUCUACCCUUCAGAACGCUGGUAUGGUUGUAUUUCCCUUUUGUUCUAUACGUGAAAUACGAGGAAGAAGAUUGGAAACGGAAUUUUGUCGUUUACCAAGGCUACGCAGUGCCGUCACUAUAGUCAGAGAGCUAUUGUUUCAAAACUGUUUGUAUCCAGCGCGCGGUGUCGCUAUGGGAUGUCACACUGCACACGUUGUUAUUGCCCUUCAGCUUUUGUUUUGUUCCGUGUCGUGUUGCUGCCAACAGGAUUCGGAAGGCGCACUGGUCCACCGCACGAUCUCAAAGCCACAUCUUGGGCUCUCUGUGUCGGAUUCGGUUUUCACGCAUCGCCACCACAUUUUUCGUGGCGGUAGCGUCGGCGCCACGAGAACGGAUUCCACGAAAACGCUAUUCAGCGCAUCGACGAUGUCCACUCAGAAGGACACCGCACAGAGCGCCGCAUAUGACCGCGUGCCGGAUAGUUUACAUCGUUGAAAUGGUUAGCCUGCACAAAUGCUGACAAUCCACCGCGUUAAGCAGAAUAAAACAAAACCAAUGCUAGUCACCUAUGCCAACUGUUAAGCUAUUUUGUAAAGUAAUUACCUCAGCCCAGAAGAGUGGCAAGUUUUAUAAAUGCAUUUAUGAUAGUGUUACUGCUGCGAUCGUUGCGUAUAGUUUUGCGAGACCAAAGUCAAAUGAGUUCGCAGUUACCGUCGUGAGUAAGACGCUUCUGAUAAAUAUUAACGCCCUAUAUUGAGCCUUUGGCAGUUCCGGGUGAGUUUAAAAACGUUUUUCGGCGGAAUAUUCUGGUGAAAGAGAAACUAUUAACAGGCCACCGCCUUGAGCUAUCGCGAGCAAAUGAAGACGAAUUUCCUUGCCAAAAGACACUAUUCUCAAUCAUUAUACCAAGACACUUCCUGUAGUUGUGAAUCACCUCGUUCUGUGUUUCACGCCUUGAACCUGUGUGCCUGCUCACCCAUCUUGAUAUAUAUUUUUUCCAAAUUCGUGCACUCGCCUUGCAAAAUCUCGCUUUGCAAAAUCUCGCCUUGCAGAACCUCGCCUUGUGAAACCUUGCAAAACUGGAAUUGACGUCUCGGCAGGGCAUGUUGCUAGUUAUGUGAGCAUUCCAAUGAAAUCUUCGAACACUGUAGUAAUGUGUCUUCCCAUAUACACCUUAUUUUCUUGCACGAAACUAGAAAACAUCCCAUCCGCAAGAUGAGGAACGCUUGCGCUUUGCUUUCGUGUUCCGUGUUCGUCAUUCAAUUAAUUAACUUAAAUUACUGGAAAUCAUGCUAGCAACCAUGAGGUAUACGAUAUUGGGUAUCACAAUUCAGACGAUAUUGGCUUCUGGGUCUACGAGCUUCCUGGUGAUUAGAUCGCCCGCUGCACUGUCACCGCCAACGCGAAAUUCUUCUACCGAGAUUCCAGCGAAUCAGAACACGCACGGCAACUUGACGAUUUGCGCGACUAACUUUGUGGCAUAACACAAUGCCUACGCAAGUCACCGCGAGCAAUGGAGGCCUGAGACAGGACGAGCUUUCCUCACAUGACAGCAAUAUGCCCCGCCAUGCGGCACGCGAUUUCACGGCGGCCCGAUUCCACCGUUGCACUCUACAAUCCUAACUGCGCGCGCGCACCUAUAGCGCUUUUUUUUUUUCUUCCCGGUGUCAAAAAAAAAAACCCUGCGUGCCUCAAGUCGUUCCGACAGUGUGGCGCCUGUAAGUGCAGCCAGUGGUGUGACGUCAUGCGAUACGCGGUCUCCUAUGUCUGCCCGCGUGAUUAAAGAAAAAAAAAAAGGCGAACUGCGCAGGUCGUCGUCAUCGUUGGUGUGUUUCUGUGUACUACAUGCCGAAGUGCACGAAAAGUCGCGUGACGGGAGCGGCGCCUGUCGCCGACCCGAUCACAGCUUUUCAUGGCGUACGUUGCAGACACAAGCAGCUCGAAGCGUUCACUUUGGCGCCAAGGUUACGAGUAAACCUUCUGCCCGAAGAAGCUGUAAGCGGCGCGUCGAGAAGACUUUCUGUUAUACUUGUUGAGUGUGAAUAAAAAUGAAUUGCAAAAGA